AUGAAUGAGGACGCUGGUAGAGCUGCCGAUGUUCCUUUGGUGACAUUGCAGGCAAACUGUAUGGCAUCUUUGCGUCAUCUUGAAUUGAGGGAUAGCCGAUUUGGCAAUUAUGUUGAGUUACUCAGCAUGGAUACCAACCGCAAAGAACAAGCCCUUAUGACUCAAUCUGAAAAUGAUGAACUCUAUCAGACAUUGGAUGGGUUGCUGCAUCGACUUAUUCUACGUAUCAGCGAUAACAGCAAAACCUCAAAAACUGCGAAAACAUCAGUCUUCCAUGUGAUUGAGUAUUUGCUUUGUCGCUAUGACAUCCACCUUCAGCCGUUGCUAGCAGAAACAGUUCUUCGCUUGACGAUCCCCUUUCACGAAGACCCAAUUUUCCUUAGAAUGAUCCAACUUGUGGACUUGAGCAUUCUCCCUACUUGGUCAUUUCUCCGUCCAUAUGCAGCCCCUGGAGCCACCGUUGCAAGAGAAAUCAUAUCAAAACAGGCUUCAAUUGACGUUUCGCUACUUUCGAGUUUGUGUCUUCUCGCUCAACGCAGUGCAGGUCUACCAUGCAAUGCGCAUCAUCUUUCUUUUACUGCAACUGUAAUAUCAGAAUGUGCUGCCUUUCAGGUGACACGUCUCGGCGGUUUGACUGAAAGAACGUGUCAUACAUUGCUUCAACAAACUCUUGGAGCUUGUCGCCAAUCAAAAAAUGUUGCCUUACAAAAUUGGGGACACGUGAUGGCAUCAACAAUUGUAGAGACAGCUUCUUUAGCGGACGAAUCACUGAACAUACUAGUGACUAGCAUAUUGAAGGGCAUUGCUGACAGUAACAAGUCCACACAACUGAAUGGCCUCCUUGUUGCCUUCAGCUCAAUCUCGAAGAGAUGGAAGCACUUUGCGCAGCCUCUGCAAGAGAUGCAAUUUUUCCUGGGUGAUGAAAAUGGUAUGAAGAUUAGCAUCUUCGAAGAGUUCUUGGCCGUCAAAAAUCUUGCUGCACAGUUGGGUCAUCUUUUCUGCGAAGGCAGUAUUGACCAAGUCUCACGUUGGAUUGCGUGCAUGUUGGUCGUAGGAGCUAGACUUCUUCAGGAAAAUGCGACGACUAAAGUGGAAAAAGUGCGAAAAUUGAUCUUGGAUUUAAUCAACGAGCCAAAUCUCCGUAUCCUCUGGGAAACUGCAUCGAAUAGGUAUCUAGAGUCGUUCGCUGCUGUAUUUGUGGAAAUCCUUGCACGGAAAUCCGAAGAUGCAUUGCAGGCAGACAACGAUUUCGAGCAAGCUGUAUUCAAGCCCCUGAAUUCAAUUGAUUCUUCAGCAUUUGAGAAUGGAAUUGCGUCAGCUUUGUUCCGAAUGAAAGGACCAAAGAGACAAAGAGUUCUUCAUCGCAUCCUUACUGACAAACAUGAUGCUGGAAUCAAGGCUGGGUUAGCAAGCGAAUCUCUGCUUUCACCACUGAUAGAUGUCGAACAUGGAAGCGACGGAAAUCGUAUCAAAUUGAUUCAAACGAUCAUCGGGCAACAUAACGGAAACGAAUUCACGAUUCACCAGAGUAGAAAGAAAGCUCAAGCACUGCUCGACCUCUUGAAUCAUGAUACAAACAACACGGUAGCGAUUGCAGCCGGCAUUGCGUUGGUCGACUUCCUGAGGAGUCAGCAGCUUUCUAAUACAGCUUGUGAAAUCGGGGAAGCGGCGCUACAAGCAGCGUAUAAGUGGUUCGAUUGGCAACUGAGUUCCUCUUUCAAAAGAAGCAGCGUUUUGGAGCAAGUUCUUCGCGUUUUGGAAGCGAUCAGCUUGAAUCUUGUAUCCAUUGAUUCCGCAAGCCCUCUCUUCUGCCGUAUCAUUGAGUGUUUGGGAGCUUUUUGUUCGAGUUCCAUUGAGGUUGUUGCCCAACAUAGCUCAGGAACUCUUCAUCGUCUCCUUGGCACACGAGGGAUUGACAUGACAGGAUUGCAAAAGAUUCACGUUCUUCUUGUGUCAGAUGAGACGAUUCUACACAUUUUUCGGCGUGAGGUUCUAGUUGGACGAAGUCUUGAGCGAUGUGUUCGUCAUCAUUGCGUCCAGUCGUUGCUUCAAGGUUUUCUUGAAAUGCUUCGUAGCUGCCAGAAUGGAGAGAAGAGAAAAGUUUAUACAACUGAAGCUACAGAGUACUGUUUGUGGGCUGCUACAACGUUUGCAAAUGAACUAGAACUGUCGGAUAGAACACUGCUUCAGAGUUGUAUUUUGAGUUUGGGAAAUCAUUUUGCUUCCUCGCAUCAGCAAAUGCAACAUUUUAUCACCGGAUUAGCAUCAGCUGAAGGGAUAUUUUUCACGAAAUACUUGUCGCCGUUAAUUCAGAACUUGUGUGCUUCUCUAGAGAAGAAAAAUGGAAGUAAAAUUCCGGGUCUCAAUGUUCUAAUGGACGUGGCUGUGUUUGCCUCACAGCAGGCAAACGAUACAACCGUAACGAAUAUCCUAUCUAUUGCAAAAACGUACAUUGAGGGGUUCGAAGCAACACUAGAAGAAGUGCAGUGUGCUAUUGCUACAACACUGUGCUUUUUGACGGACAUGAACGUUGAAAUCAGGCGCGAGGCUGUCAAUCUAUUGAAAUCUGCUGGCAGUUUCCUUGCAAAAAUCCAGAAUAAGCUGACGCCCUGCCUCAUUGAUUUAUGCGCAUUUGUGACAGAAAAUGAAUCCGAUGUAUCGAUUGGAGAUGCAACUCUGCUCCCUUGGUGUUUGGCAAGUGUCAUGUCUCAAUCCAAGCAGAAAAAACAACUGCUGGAAGCGCUUUUGAGCUCAUGUGCCAAUGCAGGUUGCAGCCUCGCCAACAACGAAUGCUUUGCGACAAGUGGAUGUUUCACGGCAGCAGUCCUACUAACAGCUGCAGAGUUAGCUGGUGAAGAGAUCUUUCCUUUAGAAAAGCGGUGGGAACUCGCCGGAAGCCCCAUUCUUAAGCACAUCCAAUCACAUCUUAUGGAGCUUGAACAGAUUCAUACUGCGCUUGAACCACUAAUAUCAGCCACGAUACGGAUGCUGCUGGGCUUGAAGGUGAUCAAUUCCACGGUCGAUGCUGGGCCCAAAACAACUAAUGUUGCCAAUUCAGGGGCAAGACUCUCCAGCGGUCGGAACCAGUCGGAUCCGUUCAGAGAAAGCGACCGAGGAAGGUUCUUGAUUCCGUACCCAAAGGGUAUGGAAAUCGCUAUUCUCUCCAUACUCAAGAUUGAUGCCAAGUCUAACACAGCAAGAAUGCUACAAGAGAACCUAGUUGUUCAAGUUGUUCGCAGUCAGUCUUGGAAAUCUGAAAUUUUUGCGGUUCUAUCAAGCACAACUCGAGAAAAGAUCGCAAUUGGAACCCUCUCUGGAAUAAUUGAUGGUGUUGAUGGAUUCGAUCAGGACAUUUUCUUGAAUCUCCCGUUGAGCACAAGUGAAGUUAUGCGGAUGAUCGAGUCAGCUCAUCGUACGCAAGUGGAGAUUUCGUAUUUGUCUGAGUAUGCGGUUUUUAAUAAAGAGAGAUUGAAUCGGGAGAGUCCAAACAACAAUUUGAUUCUAGCGCUAUUUGGCAGCCUUGAAGCUUCUUUGUCAAGUGGGGAUACUGCUGUUUCAACCGAGAAUGACUAUUCGUGUGAAGGCAUCUUGUCUGCGGUACUGGAGUUAUUGAAAUCUUCUUCCACGGCGCAGCUCCGUACGGUAACAACCGAAGCUAAAGCACAGUCAUGGGUUGCUUUCCUUCUACACAUUCUGGUCAGAAACGUUGCCCAGGAAACCUUCCAGUCUCCACGGGUACACAAGACAUUUAUCGCAUUGUUGGACGCAUUAUGUCCCUCAUUUCCUUCGGUUGUAGUCAAGCAAUUGAUACCAGCCAUGAACGCGACAAUUGCUGAAUCAAUUGACUCGAACGCUCCUGGUUUUCUGAUCGAUUGUUUGGUCAUGAUUGUGCCUCAAUUUUUAAGACAUGCUGCACUAGCAGGUUUGGAGCCUAUUGACCUGUUCAAAGCAUUUGUUUCCCAUUCAAUAAAAAUUGCAAAUGGUAAAAAAAGGACUAUGCUUUACCAGGGAUUCCUGAAAGCGCUAUCCAGAAUGUCAGUGGUUGGGCUCAGUGAUCCUCUACCUGGAGCUUUUGUGUCGACAUGUCUAGCCAUGGAGCUUCACUUCGAGGGCAAAGAGACGAUCCCACCGAUGUCGGCGCCAUUAUGUGAUUUGGCUUCCAUGAUUCUGAAUGACUCGCACAUUGCCAUAAAAACUUCUUCGACAAUUGCGAUGCUCGCAUAUGGGAAAGAAAUCAUUGGCAAGCUCUUACAUGGAAAGGAAACAAACAAAACAGAGGCAACUGUAAAGGUUGAGGAUUUGAUCUUUAUUUCUGUCAAUGGCACGAUCGAAACUUGUGAACGCAAUGAUUUGAUCGGAGAUCCAAAAAGUCUUAUGCUAUGCAAUCUACUGCUCCAAUCGGUUUGCAAGAACACACAAACCACAUCUUUCCAAGCUUUCUUGCAUGACCUUGACAGUUCCGAUUCAAAGAAACUCCUUCCCUUCUGGCAGGACUUGAUUAUGGUGCAAGCAGCUGGCAGGAAUGUUGUGUUCGACUCUGAACAGGGCGGGAGCCAGAAGUUUUGGAAGAUCUUGCUCAAGACGACAGAUGAGAUUCUUUGCAACCUGCAUUCUUUCAUCCCUGUUCACAUUUUUCUUGCAUUUGCUACAUCUGUUAUUGAGAAUGGCGAAUCAGAUGAGCUUCGUUCCAUUGCUGUUCAUUCAAUAGGAGACCGGGCCAUUUUGUUCCAUCCUCAUGAUGCAGAAGCUACACUUUUUUGUGAAACCCUGCCUUUUCUGACGGAAAUGCUUUGCUGUGAUGGUGUAUCAGUAUUCCAACAAUCACUUCUGGUCGUCAUCGAAACUGUUGCACGAAAGCUUUGUCUUGGGUUUGAUUUGCGAAAAAGCUCGUCUCUUGAAGAGGAACUGGUAACAGUCAUCAACAAAUCCGCCCGAUUGAUUAAACAUGAACUUUCCUGUGCUGAAGCAAAUUAUGAGAGAAUUGCUCCUCUGUCGCGUGAAACAAUAUGUAUUGCAUCCUUGUGUGCCUCAACGUGCAUCCGCAUUUGUGGCCCUCGUGCUCUAAAGACCCUGCCUAUACUAAUGAAAGCAUAUACAGAUACCCUAUGCAUGAUUAAUGGGUACUUGAGUAACGAAGGCGUUCAGCAAAGAAAGAAGAAAGAAGCCAAACUGAUGCAAGCGUCAUCAACGCACUCCAUCAUUGCCGUUGUAGAAACACUACCGCAGUUUCUGGCCCCAUUCCUGAAAGAUAUAUUUGAUCCGCUAGCUCUACCUUCAAAAGCCUUCAGAGAGCAAGAUGACGGCCUAGAAAUUGUCGAUAAACUCAAUACAACGCUUGUGUCCCACACUCCAACACGUCUACUUCUCCCUGCACUUCUGGAAGCAAUUGAAUCAAAUCAUUUGGAUGUCACUUCCUUGCUCCCGGUGGUGUCUCUUUUGAACCGUACAAUUUCCAAAUCGAGUCGACAAGAUGUUGUAUGUCAUGCAACUAGAUUGCUUGAAGUGGUGACUUCAACACUGGACUAUCCUGUGCAGUCCGAUAUGCAGUCACAAGUACUGCAUGCUGCACAUGAUCUUUUCCUGGGUUUUGUAUUAAAGUUGUCAGAAUUUCAGUUACGGUCUCUUUACCUCAAGUUGCGGGAAUGGAAAGGUGAUCUUGAUAUUGGAAGAGCGGUUGGGUCAGCAAGGAGACAGGCAGCAUUCUGGAGCUUGUCUGCUGCACUUGCCAAACAUUUACACACCAUUUAUCUUCCAUGUUUGAGUCUCAUCUUUACAGAUCUAAUCAGUGAACUGGAAUAUGAGGCAAUGGUUCUCUGUGACCGUUUGCAUGCACCGGGCGCAAGCGAGGGAAAGAGACUGAGACUUGAUCAAAAGAAAACUCAAAACCUGUCUCUUUAUGACACAACGCCUGUUGAAAAUAUUCUUUUAUGCUUACAGCAGUCGCUUCGAUCUGAUGCUCAUGAUGGAGGACGUUGGAUUCGAGAGGGCAAUUCCCAGAAGUUCGAAAGGCUACUUGAUCCACUAAGCAAGCUACUGCAAUCCGCGUGUCCACCGAAAGCCUCUUCCAUAUCAACUUAUGAAAAAGUUGUCCAAGGGACAAAUCCCCAGUCGGGUAGCGUCAUUGCUUGCAUUGUUUCUUUGGCACUAGCAGCUGGUGAUGAGCAGCUUUGGAAACCGCUAAAUCACCAUGUUCUUCAAGCGGCUUCAAGUGCUACUCGAGUAGAGGUCAGAAGAGCUGGAGUGAAAUGUCUUGCUUCGUUGAUCCAGACGAUUGGGGAAGAGUACAUGAUCUUUAUCCCUGAAUGCUUGCCUGUACUGUCAGAGCUUCUCGAAGAUACUGACCCAAGUAUUACCAGUCUUGCCCAAGAUUGCAUCACUCUAAGCGAGGAAUUUCUUGGAGAGAAUUUGCAGGAUAGGCUUUAA